ACGACGUUCAAGUUGGCUGGUAGUGGCCGCGAGUCAAUCGUCGAUUAUCGUCCUCGUUCUUGCCCUCUAGAGUACCAGCGACAGGAUGGCUCGCAACGUGGAUGCUGAGAGAAACAAUGAAAAAUUGUUCCCUAUAUUCAGGAAGAACCUCUCCGAUGGCGUAUUCACCACCUUCAAAGCAACUUCUGACAAGCUCGCCAGUUGGCUUAGUAGGGACAGGGCAUAUUACGCGCGAGCACUGCCUAUAAUUGUGGAGCUGCUGGAGACCGCCCACGUUCAAGUCCGUAGGGCUGGCGGAACUCCCGGGAAUCAAUCAUUGUGGGCCGAGCCGUAUGCAAAGCUAAUUCAUACCGUGUAUCCAUUUCUUCCUUUGUUCACGAAUCCUCUCUUGAAAGCUCGUGUGGAGAAUUUGAUACGAGAACUCGACUCGAUAUCUGGAGUGUCUGACCACCCUUUGCAACGAAGUCAAGGCCUUCCGAUCUUGCCUGCAGCCUCUAUCGCUAUGCAAAAUGAUGCUCAUGCAGGCGGGUCCUUGCAGGCAGCGUUCCCCAUCAAAACUGAGCCCAGUGAAACCUACGGUGCUCCCGUCUCCGCAGGAUCUACGUCUUAUCUGUUCCCGAUCAGUCAGGCUCCCAUCAAACAGGAAACAGCAGAGGAUGCUGCUCCACAGCUGCCAUUACCACUUCAGACAGCGGCAGAGCCGAAUUCUACGCAGGUCGAGCCGAAGUCGAAGAAAUCAUUCAUAGACGUCGAUGAAUUUAUCCAGGCCGACCUGGAAUGGUACCAGGUAGGAAAGCAGCAGACGGCCUCGAAAGAAAGUGAUGGGGCCGCAACUGCGGUAACCUCUCCUGCAGCGCAUGACCAUCAUGAGAAAGUCCCUGCUGCAGACGCAUCCGCAGCGAUUGGCUCAGUCGAGAAAAAUCCGAAUGAACCGACCUCAUCCAUUUCGACGGCUGCAUCACCCAUAGCGGAUGCUAAAGCUGAGGUCACUGUUGAAGAUCAAAGCUCUCCCUCCAACGCCACUCAAGCGGGCAGUUCUGCUGCGGUUGACGAUGCAGCGACAAAAUUUACCAGCAGCGUCACAUCUCCGACAUUGCCUCGUUUGAAGAACCCGCUCAAUUCGAUAGCCUCCCAGAAGCUGGACAAGAAAAAGAAAAAGAAAGGCCCGCCGGGUUUGAGGUAUCUACCGGUGCCUCCGGAUGAGAAAAUGGUGGCGAGUAUGUCGGGAGAAGGUGUCACCUCCGUCCUCGUGGAAGGUACGGAGGAGCAGCAGACACCGGAUGCGAUGCAGAAGGAUGAAAUUCGUAUGGCGUCGCCUGACGCGUCGAGGGAUGUCAAGGAGCAUGCAGAGUCAGAUAAAGCCAGCGAUGAUGUGACUCGCCCCCUCGUGGUGGCUGAGAGCAACCCUGCCGAAGGCGCGCCGUCAGUACAGGAACGAGAUGAAAGCGUGCAUGCUACUAGACACCACGAAUCGCUCGCAGAGACGCCUGCCGGUGCCGCACUCCCUCCACACCCAUCUCCAUCUCGGGAGGAGUUCAGGCCUCAACAAGCCACCGAAGGUCCCGUAGAGGGCGACGUGGACAUGGUCGACGAGCAGCAAGAUCGACAGAAGGACAUUGCUGAAGCGAGCGAACAGUCUAUGGAGGUAGACGAGAUGUUGCGGCAGGGCCCAACUGCUUCCAAUGAAGCUGACGAUCGUGAGAUGCAGCCGGAACCAACCGCGGAAUCAGAGACUGUUGAAGCUAUAACGCAGUUCGCGACGCCGGCAGUCGAGCCGCCAGUGGAAGCAGGAGGUGGGCUCGCGGAGCCUCUUCAGCAACCUGCAGAGGCUGCCCAGGACGUCCUGCCUGAUGACGCCGCGGGCGAAGUCCCGCUUCAUGAGGGCGGCUUCGAACACAACCCCGCCGAAGAGUCUUCAACUGCGCCGGAGCCUCAACCACUGGCUCAGAUUGAGCAUGAAGCUGCUGACCUACCAUCCCCAUCGACCGUAUCCGUGCCGCGAAAGCGACUGCGCUCUCUUAGCAUAACAGAUAGCAGUUCGCGCCAGAAGCUCAGGACGUCGUCGCCGUCGCGCAAGUCUCCGGGCGAAGAGACUGCCGAGCGCAUGACGCAAGCCAGUGAUGCGGGUUCGCCUUCGGGAGAUGACGCCAGAAAGUCACCGUUGGCACUGGAGGCCCGUCUGGACGAGCAAGUUGAACCGCUGUCACAUGUCGAUAUCGAGACGUCGCAUUCUACUGAGGGGACUGACGAGGGCAUGGAGGAGGGAGAAGUCGACAGCACUCUCCAAAACUCUGAGGUGGACACCUCUUUACGAGCACAUGAUAAUGUUGCAGCUCCGUCGCUCGCGCAAGAUGCUGUACGCGACCGCAUGACCAUUGAUGAGAGCCAACUGCUGGAACGCAUCGUCUCGCCGCCUACUCAAGCCGCGCCUGCAGGCAAGUCCCCUCGGGCUGCUUCAAUCGUGCCCGGCAAAACAUCAGUACGCUGCGACCCCGUCAUCCCUGGUGACGAUGACGAUGUCAUAGAGGAAGGGGAAAUUAGCUCGCAGCUUCUUGAUGAAGAGCUGGAACAUACUGAUGCUGGUGAGAAGGGAGAAAUUAUGCAGAAUGGACCGUCGCGUCGACCAGCAUAUGUCCGCCGGCUUCCUUUGGAUUCCGAUACUCUGGCAGAGCCUGCAGUCAUCAUAUGGUCAUCUCAAGGGUCGGCUAAGAUAGAGACAGUGGUUGAGUUUGAUUUGAAUCCUGAUCAUGCUGCACUGAUAUCACAGUGGGUCGGGCGAUAUGACACGAGAGAUGAUAUGACAAGAAGCAAGUGCAUGUCUAUAUCAAGCUUUGCACUUAGCGAUUGCACGGAACGAGUUCGUGAAAAUUCGGAUAUGUCUCUGGAAGAAGUGACGAACGACCUCCCAACGAUGUGGCCAAGAGAUGGCAAAUUGUGGGCAAUGCUCAAGAAUGGACAGGUCGAUCAUGGCUUCACGCUGUCUCCCCCAUUCAUACGUCAGGACGAAAGCAUUGUUGACAUCAGCAAGAUUGUCACUGCUGGGAAGAAUCAGCUGCGGAUCUUCCAGCUUAAUGACUAUUCUAGCUAUGUCUUCACCAUCCGGUUGCAUACCCCCACUGCUGCCCAGCUAGAGGAAUUGCAACAAAGGAGGUAUCAUAAGGACAAUUGGAACAACUUCUUGCAAAGCUUGGGCACUUUCAAGAGCCCUAAGCUUGAUCUGCCAGGUGAAGUUUCAGUCACCUCAGCUUAGAUAUACCCAAUUGUAUUAGUUUGUGCUGCAUUCGAAUUGAGAGGUUGGAUUGUAUUCUUCGCAUUGCAUCUUAUUUAGUCUGCCAUGUACAUCCAAAUUGCUGUGAAUGCUAUGUACAUUUAUGACGCUAUACCAACAUUGCACGAGGGAAACCUUCACCACCACACAAUACCCUUCAUCAACCUGCGACCUGUCCUAAUUACCUUUGCACUUGUGACCUGCCCAUCGCGCAUAGCUGCUCCGACUGCAACGACACCGCCUGGAUGUCUUAUUCUGACCAUUAUGUCGCCCGUGCUGGUGGAAUACACCUUCCUGGCACGGGCGAUCAUCCAUGGCAAUGUGCCUUCUACACCGGCAGCAACACCGAGACAGAGCCCUACCGUCAUGGGCACAGCCUUGUG